AUGUAUUCUUCCACACUUCUACAGUAAUACCCCUUUGCUACAUCCUUUCAACGUAAUAUGGUAGCGAAUACGCGGGGCAUUCAUUAUGUAACGGCUCGCGAAAGAAUUUCCAUUUCCCAUAUCACCAACUUGCAAUACGUUACCAUACAUCGCGAAUUACAGUCAUGCGAAGAAAGGUGUUGCUAACGGAGGUGAUUUACGCCGUGAAAUUAAGUGUGUCUCCAAUUGGCUGUUGGCCUUUACCGCAAGAUGCUACAAAAUUUAAGAUAUUCUGUUUGAAACUGUAUCAUUAUUUCUGUAUUGUCAUGACUGUGUGUCUAGCGGCACCAAUGACAUAUGCUGUCAUAUAUAGCCUUAACGAUCCUCUUAAUAUAGUACAAAUAACUUCUAUAACAAGCGGCCUUUACCAUACCAUGUGUAAUUUCUUUUUUUAUAAAAUUAAUUACCAUCGCAUACAGAAUGUUACUGUCGAAAUGGUACAUUUCAAUAACUUAAUGAAACCACGCGAAGAAAUCGUGAUUCAGCGAUAUAUUGACAAAUGUUUCGUGUUGUAUGGAGCAUCUCUGAUUACUUUUUACUUGGUAACAAUAGUAACUGUAUUCUUACCUGCUAUGACGGAACAAUCAUUUCCAACAUUAGCCAAAUAUCCAUUCGAUGUGUCUUAUCAACCGCUAAAAGCAAUAAUCUAUGUACAACAAUCUGCAGUCGGAUUCAUGGUAACAGGACAACUAUGUAUAAAUGUUUAUAUGGCUUUAUUGCUCUGGUUCACAGCGGCAAGAUUUGAUAUUCUAAUUGAAGAACUCAAGACAGUUACAAAUGUCUAUGAGUUGUGCAAAUGUAUUAAAACACAUCAAGAAUUACUCAAGUAUGCAAACGAAGUUGCAAUUGCUGCCCGUCCUUUCGCAUUUAUUUCAAUAUGUUGUAGCACUGUUAGCUUAAUAACAGUCUUACUUAUGCUUAUUACAAAGCCACCUCUACUAUUUUCACUCCAGUAUAGUGCUAUAGCUACAGCAGGUAUAGCAGAAGUAUUUAUGUAUAUGUGGCCAGCAGAAUUUUUGAUGCGUACGAACUAUGAAGUCGGACAUGUAGCAUUCAAUUUACUCGAAAACAACCAUUUGAGUAAUUUCAUUCAAAUAUGGGAACAUCUGCAAUUUAUUAUAAUGCGAUGUCAAGAACCAAUAAUGGUUACAAUUCCUUGUCUUAUGCCGUCACUAUCUUUUAAUUAUUUUACCAGAUAUCUUUCGACCAUACUCUCCUAUUUCACAACACUGCGUGUAAUGAUGGACGAUGGAUAAAUAAAAGUAAACUCAAUAUAUUGUAUGCAAUUGAAAUAUACUUGAAACGACCAUUUCAAGUAAUUAAAAUUUGCACUACGAAAAGUUCUUGUAUUACGUUUUUGUUAAAAUAGUCAAUAUCUUGAAUAGUUGUAAAAAUACAAUUAUUUUACCAGUAAACUGUCAUAAUUAGUUUGAUUUGGCGAUGAUAGAUUUAAUUUAAUUGUACU